CACAUUUGAUUACAACUAUUCUAGGACAUUAUCAUAAAUUUUUUAAAUUCUUAUAAUAAUAUUUUAAAAACAAAUUCCUAGAAGAAAUAUAGGCAUUCUCUAGGAUGAUUACAACUUUCGUAUUGCUAUUCGGCGUGAUGGGGUGGGUAACCCAAAUUUACCCCACAACCUGCUUACCAAAUUUCGAUUUAAGAUCCGCCCCUUUCGAUAAAGAUGAAUCCGAUUAUUAUGGUGGGGAAAUUGAGGUCGCAGACAAGGACCCAAAACGUAGCCCAACUUGCAAAGGCAAAUAUUGCCAAAAUGAAAAUCAAGGAACCGAGUUAGCUGAUUGGUUAACAAAAUUCGGUAAAAGAGGAAAAUCUGCCAAGGCUUCACAAGGGAAAGAUAUCGAAACCAUUUUGAAAUUGUUUUAUAUCGAUGGAUUAGUCAAGACGAGCAAGUUCGAAGCUCCAACAACGGUGACCUUAGGGAAGAUCGAUUUCGUUCACUUCGAAGGGAUCGAGGCGACUUCAUCUAAAGAUUUUGAUAUGGUAAUAAUUUUCAAGGAUUUCAAGAAGAGCGUCAUCGUGUUCAAGAAUCUUCCUAUAACCAUUUACCCCUUUCUUAAGAAAUGGCUCAAAAAGUUUCCUGUCAGAUACAGCUCAAGUUCCAAAGUCUUGGAUUGGAAAGUCUUGAUGAAAAACGUAACGAGCGAUAUAGCAACGUUCUUGGAAAAUGGAGCCUGGAAAACGCUUCUAAAAGACCCAACAUCGGCUAAUGACGAUUAUGAAGGACCAAAUGAUGAUGAUGAAUAUGAAGACGACGAAUAUGAAGACGAAGAGAAGGAAGGAGAUAAUAAUGAUGUAGAAGAUGAUAAGAAUAAAUAAGAACGCUAACCUGGAACCCAUGUUAGACAACUCUAUGAUUUAAUAGAAAACUCGGCAAAAUAUAUCGUCUUAUUAUUUUUAAAUAUUUUUUAA